AUGAAAAUCAAAUAUAUUAGCAACAGCGUGAUGUUCAUGUUACAGUUCCUUGGCUCAACUCUUUAUGCUCUUUGGUUUUCAAUGCUUUACCUCUCGAUUAUCACAACUCUAAACCGUUUCAUAUCCGUGGUAUUCGCAUCAUAUUAUAGCAUUAUUUUCGAGCGGCGAAACGUCAAAGUAGCCCAAGAACGUUCUGAUUGUUGUAGUUGUGUUUUAAACAGUCGAUUUACUGGCUUACGCCAGGUGUUUCAGAUAAUGUAUUUCUUGGCUUUCAUGAUAUUUCUUAUUGCGUGGGUUGUAAAGCUGACACCAUAUUCUAGUUAUAUUUUCAACAUGACGGACCUCUCUUGGACAUACGCAAAAGAUGAUAGUUAUAUACUUUCCCGGUUGUCACAUUACUUUGGUACAUAUGGCAUCGUGGUAGAGGUUAUAUGUGCAGUCACUGCCUAUACCGUCAUUUUUGCCAACAUUCUGGUACGAAGGAAAAGAUCCUUGAAGUUGUCAGAAAUGGUGCUGACGAUUCAGCAUUUUUGCGUCUCAUUACUAUACGUGUUUGGUUUCAUCUAUUGGGAUUUUAUCGACGUGUGGAAUGAUGCCAAUGUCGUCACAAACUUCUUCAGUAUUUUAACAUGGAUCUUUAUUGUCGGUUUGAAUCCAUUCAUCUACCUCUCAGUGAACAGGUGA